AUGAAGGGCAAGGCCCGCAAGCUCUUCUACAAGGCCAUCGUGUGCGGCAAGGAGAUGAUCCGUAUUGGGGACUGUGCCGUGUUCCUCUCUGCCGGCCACCCCAACCUGCCCUACAUCGGCUGCAUCCAGAGCAUGUGGGAGUCGUGGGGCAACAACAUGGUGGUCCGCGUCAAGUGGUUCUACCACCCCGAGGAGACCAGCCCAGGCAAGCAGUUCCACCAGGGCCAAGUGAGCCUGCAGCCCGGCUGCAGCCCCCCGGGCUGGGCCCCCCAGUCCUAGGCGGUGUAGGGCAGACCUGAGGGUGAGGCGUUCUGGGUGCUGGAGCAUCAGCAGCCCUGCCCAGUGG